AUGCUCGCCGCCUUAUCAGUCCUCCUGACAUUCAUACCUCUUGUCCUCGCUGUCAACGUGCCGACUUUGGCUUCAGGCUGGGAAUACGUCGGAUGUCUUUAUGAAGGAGAGGGGCAACGCAUCUUGAACUGGACUAUCUAUCCAAGUAGUGGAAUGACGCCCGCCGUCUGCGUCACCUAUUGCAACAAUCAAGGGCUCCCUUUCGCCGGCCUCGCCGACGCCGACCAAUGCAUGUGCGGCUCCAAACUCUCCAACUUUCAGCGAGUCGACGAAAGAAACUGCAACUCCACCUGCGCCGGUAACGCCCAAUACGAAUGCGGCGGCUGGGGAUACAUCUCCUUCUACUCCCUCGCCUCCAAAAACCCCGAUCCCGACGCCACAUCGUCCACCACCGUCACCACUUCCUCCGCCAAGGCUGUUCAGACGAGCACUGUUGUGACUAGUGCAGCGGCGGGGACGACGACGGUGAAGGAGGAGGCACAGACGCAGACGGUCGUGGUCACUUCUGUGGCGACAGAUGGGGAAGCGAGUGGGCAGGUUGUCACUCUCACUAUGGUUGUUUCAUCCACAGAAACUACCAGCGAGGCCGUAUCUGUUGCCGAAGUUUCGACAGCGCUCACAUCCAGCUCUGCCGAAACGCCAUCCGCUUCUUCACAAGAUCCAUCCUUGGCUACAUCAUCGGCUACUGGAGGACCCACUUUCUCCUCCGCCUCUCCACCCUCUUCUUCAUCUCUCUCAACCACAUCGGCAUCGUUUACAAGCGAUCUUCUCCCUACCUACCACGCCUCCUCGACGCUCUUCCCCUCCGCUACGCCGAGACUCAAGACACCGUCUGUCAUCUUCGGUCUCGUAGAAUGGUCGAAUGCGGGGGCGUUGAAAGCGAUAACUGGAAGCUGA